GCCGCGCCCCGACGCGCGGGGACCGCACGCAGGGGGACGCCGCCCGGGGCGUCGCGGCCGCGGUGGCGGCCAGGGGCUGAGGCUCUCGGCCGGCCCCUCCCUCCCGCCGUCCUUCCCGCCCUCCUCCUCCUCCUCCCGGCGCGGGCCCGGGGCCUCCGAUGUCGCCGCCUCGUCGUCCGCCGCCUCCAGCUGCCCGCUGCUGAGCCGUGAGGGGCGGAGGCCCUCGGGAUCCCACUGGGGACAUGGGCAACGGAAUGUGCUCACGAAAGCAGAAGCGGAUUUUCCAGAGCCUCUUGCUUUUGACUGUGGUGUUCGGCUUCCUCUACGGGGCGAUGCUCUACUACGAGCUGCAGGGCCAGCUGAGGAAGGCUGAGGCCACGGCGCUCAAGUACCAGCAGCAUCAAGAGUCCCUCUCAGCUCAGUUACAAGUUGUGUAUGAGCACAGGUCAAGAUUAGAAAAGUCAUUACAAAAGGAAAGGCUUGAACAUAAGAAAGCAAAAGAAGAUUUUCUUGUUUAUAAACUAGAAGCACAGGAAACUCUAAAUAAAGGAAGGCAAGACUCAAACAGCCGAUACAGUGCGCUGAGUGUACAACACCAGAUGCUGAAGAGUCAACAUGAAGAACUAAAGAAACAGCAUGCUGACCUUGAGGAAGAUCACCGAAAACAAGGAGAAGAGUUUAGCAGAACAUUCAGUGAUCACAAGGAGCGAUACUUACAGCUGCAGCAGGAAAAAGAGCAGGAGAUCUCUAAGCUGAAGGAAUCCCUGUAUAACUUACGAGAGGAGAACAGACAGUUGAGAAAAGCUCACCAAGACAUUCACACCCAGCUACAAGAUGUCAAGCAACAGCAUAAGAACUUACUGUCCCAACACAACCAGCUUGUAGUGACAUUGGAAGACCACAAGAGUGCACUAGCAGCUGCUCAGUCCCAGGUGGAGGAAUACAAACAGCUGAAGGACACACUCAACAACAUACCAAGUUUCCGACAGCCCCAGAAGUUAGAAGGACCAAACCAGGAAGCAGAGGUGCGAGCACCAUCUCCCCGCAGCGACCUCCCAAUGCACCAUGAAGCUGUGGCUGAGGAGCAUGAAGAGGGUGAGAAGCCAAAAGAGAGAGAAGAAAUAAUUACCCAGGAAAAAGAGAGAGCUGAGCCUUUUCACCUGCAAAGGAGGGCUAAGGAGGGCCAGCAUGCCAAAGAACUAAAUAUUCAGGAGCAACAAGAAGCAGGAGAGGAUGAUGAGCAACAUGUCGAUCAGGUUGAAGAGGAACGCAAGAAAGAAUUUGCAGAGGAAGAAAUGGAGCAGGCAGGUCAACCUGAGCACUUGGAGGAGGAACAGGAUCAGGUACCAGAAGAGCAUGAGUGGAAAAAACAGGAACAGAAGGAAGAAGAAACCAACAUGUUGGGUGAUCAUCUUCCUUCAGAGAUAACACCAACGAAAGCUGUAACAAAAAGACAUAAGUCAGCUUAUGAACAACAACUGGAGCAGCAACAUCUUGCAGCCCGAAGAGCAGAGGAAGCCAAUCAGCUGCGAGAACGUCAGGAAUCCCUGCGCCAGCAACGCCUGCGAGAGCAGCUGCUACGGCAGCAACAGCUGCAGGAGAAGGAGCUUCAGCUGCAGAAACAGGCACAGCAAGGAGAAAACCUCUACAAAAACAGGCUAAGCCAGCAGGCUCAUUAUGGUAACAUGGACCAUGAUAUUGUACAAGGAGAAGAGCAAGGCAUCCAGGAAGAGGAAGGAGCUUAUGAACGUGACAACCAGCGCCAGGAUGAAGGUGAAGAUGAAGAUCAAAAUAAUGCAAAUGAACAGCAAGAACCAGAACAUCAAGUAGGAAAUCAGCAGGCUGAUGAAUCAUUACAGAAGGCAGGCAUGGAAGAUGUGAAUCCUGCUGAUGACCCCAACAAUCAGGGAGAAGAUGAAUUUGAGGAAGCUGAGCAAGAGAGAGAAGAAAAUCUACCAGAUGAAAAUGAAAAGCACAAAGAAAUCGAUCAGAAACUGGGACAUCCAGGACUGGAAGAGCACCUCGUGAUGGCAGGAAAUCCCGACCAGCAGGAAGAUAAUGUGGAUGAACAGUACCAGGAAGAGGGAGAGGAGGAGAUCCAGGAAGACUUGACUGAAGAGAAGAAACGGGAACUGGAACACAAUGCUGAAGAGCCAUAUGGUGAAAAUGACGACAAUGCAGAUGAUAAGAAUAAUGGAGGGGCAGAUCAAGAGCAAGAAAUGCAGGAAGAGAACAACCAGAAGGACGAUCAUGAAGAAAACUAUGAGGAGGAGGAAGAGGAGGAGGACGGCAGAGCUGCUGCAGCAAAGACUCGCAGACGAGGGGAGAUGUAAUUCUCUUUUCCUUUUUUUAAGCACACCAGUUCCUGUGUGGUUUUUUUAAAAACAGACAAAAGCCAACACCUUUUGUAGGAUCUUUCAUUUCCAAAAACAUUUGUGUUCUACACUUGUUACUUUUCUAGUAGCCGCUCUCCUGCGUUUGUAUGGAUACGGUAUUUUGAUACUCUAGGAUUAGGAUUUCUUUUCUAUUAAAGCUGUACAUAAACAGACAUCAAACAGGUUGAAUGAUUUUGUAAUCCUGGGCAGAUUUUCUAAAGGCCAUUUUUGGAAUACAAUUUCACCUUGUCCAACGAGAGACGUUUGGUCUAAUUUCAGAUACACUCGACAUCUGAGGGAAGAUACCCAGUGCCUAAAGCCAGUCGGCAUGAGUCCCUCCAUCUCUGUCUUGGCAGAAGGUGUGGGACUAAAGCCUGGCCCCACUGCCCUCUGAGACACAGGCUGCAGUUUCAUUGAGAUUCAUGAGAUUCUUCACUCUCUCAAAGAUAAGCACAUGCCUAGCUCUCUGCAGGACCAGGCCUUUCUGAGGUGCACAACUCUUAUAAAAUAUGCAAGUCUUACAAGCCUUCAAUAUACUGCCAGGCCAGCGGCUGUUAAUUUGGGCAGCUGUUUAUACACAGGUAAAUUAUGCAUUUAUUGUAAUGAGCAUACCUAGGUACUUAAUUACAUGCACUACAUAGCAGAUCAUGCAAAUAGGGCUACGCUGAGAUGAGAUGCGAGCUAGAAAUCAAUUUAGACUCGAAGAGCCAUUACUCCAAAUCAAAACACUACAGCUGUCACAUGCCUGAAGAUACACAGGGGGAACAUUUUUGUUGUCCUAGUUAAGACACAAAAUCUUUGACUGGAGGAGUGUCAUUACGUGGCCUCAGCGACACGCUUCCUGGAGACUCUAGUUCAGGCACGUGAACUGAGUGGAUGUGAUUGAGGCAAGAUGUUGAGUAAGGCCUUUGCCUUCUUUUACUUAUUUAUUUUUAAAUCUAUGUUCUAAGAAUUUCUGCAUCCCUGGUGCAAACAAGAAAAUCAGAGUACAGACCAAUCCUGUUUGAAUAGCAAACAUCUCUAGCACUGCAUGCCAAAGGGUGAGGGGGGUGGGGGGAACCACACAAGAGUUGUGCCUUGGGGAGGCUCCUGGGGACAUCAUUACAGUGCAUGACUAUAUACAACAUUUGUAUUGGGAUACACCCCACUUAUUUAAUGGAUGUUCAAAGGAGAAGGGGAAUCUGGAUUUCCCAGGUGCUGCCUCAUUGCUGGAAAUGAGGCACACAGCAGCUCCCCAUGAGGGGCUGUGGGAAUAUAUAAGGAGAGGGUUUGGGAUUUUUCCCCUUUUUGUAGUAGUGAUGCUCAGCAAGGGUUUUAGUUAAGCUUUAUCUGAAUGUAAUUUAAUUCUUGUUUUUAUUACUAACUCCUGUUCUGUUCAUAGUUGGUUUCCAUUCUUUGCAAUCACAGACACAUAGUGCUUAUGGUUCAGAGGAAUAUUUUUGUCAGCUAUUAUUUUGGGGGUUUUAGUUGCCAUAAAUCAGAUUUACCUUAUGUAUAAAAAAGUUUACAUAACACUGUAAAAUGUAUAAUAUGUACAUAAUCUUCAGAAUACAAUAUUUUGGUAAAUUGGCCUGUAUUUUUAAUGGCACAGGUGCAGUAUUUAAUUAUUUGAGGCAUAAUAAGACUUGACUGCAGUCAAUAAACCAGAAAAUAGUUACCCAUCUU